GAUUUCUUAGUGAAUGUUAGAAAACACACACACACACUCGCACACACACAUGCACACACGGCACCGCGGCCGGAGGAGACGCAGACGCCCGCUCGCCGCCGCUGGGGCCCACGGAGGCUCCCUGUGUGUCCCCCCCCCAGUGCCAGGUGUGACCCCCAGGCCCAGCCCAGACACGAAGCCGGCGCCGAGCCUGCCGCUGGGGGCACCUCCCGGAGGACACGGUGCCCAGCCCCGGUGCACUCGGGUCCUGCCUGGGGGCCAUGGGACGCUUGCCUCCAGGGGCCUUUACACCCCACCGCGGUUGAAGCAACCUUAGGACCGGAUUUUACCCCCUGACCUCCGACGCCAGGCUUCCUUCCCCCGCACCCUCCGGACAUGGCAGCCAACAAGGAGCGGAUGUGCCCCGGUGGCACCCCCCUGGGACACAUGAAUGGCUUCCCGCCCGCUGUCUACCCCUUCGCCUUCCCCAGCAGCCUCCGGGGGUCGCCCCCCUUCGAGAUGCUGACAAGCAGCAGCUACUUCCGUGGCUUCCCCCCGGACCUGCCCAAGGAGAUGGCAUCGCUGUCGGUGGAGACGCAGAGCACGAGCUCGGAGGAGAUGGUGCCCAGCUCGCCCUCGCCGCCCCCGCCCCCCCGGGUCUACAAGCCUUGCUUCGUCUGCAACGACAAGUCUUCGGGCUACCACUACGGCGUCAGCUCCUGCGAGGGCUGUAAGGGCUUCUUCCGCCGCAGCAUCCAGAAGAACAUGGUGUACACGUGUCACCGGGACAAGAACUGUCAGAUCAACAAGGUGACGCGGAACCGGUGCCAGUACUGCCGGCUGCAGAAGUGUUUCGAGGUCGGCAUGUCCAAGGAAGCCGUGAGGAACGACCGGAACAAGAAGAAGAAGGAGGUGAAGGAGGAAGCAGUGGGGGACAGCUACGAGCUGACGCCCGAGCUGGAGGAGCUGAUCCAGAAGGUCAGCAAGGCGCACCAGGAGACCUUCCCCUCGCUGUGCCAGCUGGGCAAGUACACCACGAACUCGAGCGCUGACCACCGGGUGCAGCUGGACCUGGGGCUGUGGGACAAGUUCAGCGAGCUGGCCACCAAGUGCAUCAUCAAGAUCGUGGAAUUCGCCAAGCGCCUGCCCGGCUUUACCUCACUCAGCAUCGCCGACCAGAUCACUCUGCUCAAAGCCGCCUGCCUGGACAUCCUGAUGCUGCGGAUCUGCACGCGCUACACGCCGGAGCAGGACACCAUGACUUUCUCAGAUGGGCUGACGCUGAACCGCACACAGAUGCACAACGCUGGCUUCGGGCCCCUCACCGACUUGGUGUUUGCCUUCGCCGGGCAGCUGCUGCCCCUUGAGAUGGACGACACUGAGACCGGGCUGCUCAGCGCCAUCUGCCUCAUCUGCGGAGACCGCAUGGACCUGGAGGAGCCUGAGAAGGUGGACAAGCUGCAAGAGCCGCUGCUGGAAGCGCUGAAGAUCUACGCGCGCCGGCGCCGGCCCAACAAGCCCUACAUGUUUCCCCGCAUGCUCAUGAAGAUCACCGACCUGCGCGGCAUCAGCACCAAAGGCGCGGAGCGGGCCAUCACGCUGAAGAUGGAGAUCCCAGGGCCGAUGCCGCCCCUCAUCCAGGAGAUGCUGGAGAACCCCGAGAUGUUCGAGGACGAUGUGUCACAGCCGCCUGCGGCCACUGAGCCCCCCCACGCUGCUGACAGCCCGGGUGGGGACCACAGCCCCGAGGAGACCCCAUAGCGCCCAGGCGUGCCCCUGCCAGGCUCCUGUGCCCGCCGGGCCGGACACUCCAACCUGCCCUGCCCCGCGGGGGCCGCGCAGCACGAUACGGACGCUGACUUGGGCCCACAGGCCCACCCAGAGGUAUAGCCCUUGCCUUAAGUGGGGUGGGGGCAGCCUGGACCCCUGCCCUACUCCAGCCCAGCUUCUCAUUGCCAAAGUCCCGGGCAACCUCAAGCCAAAAACGGGGGCGAGGCCGAGCCCCGGAUAAGGACCAGGGGGGUCCCCUCCGCAUGCAUUUGCUGCCCCCCCCUGCACCAGCAGAGACAGACCCUGGCCUGUGUCCCUGGGGGGGGGCAUUGAGACGCCCCGUCCCCAGCGGAUCCCCGCCGUGAAGCCGACCAGCUGCGAGGGACCCAGGCGUCUGGGGCUGUAUUUAUUCGACUCGCUGAAGACGAAGAGGGAUGGGGCCAGGGGAUGACACGGGGGCGCCAGCCCCCGCCCUGCCCUGCCUCCUGGAGCUGUGGAGAGGGGGGUGUAACGGGGGUGGGGGGGACGCGGAUCUCGGGGCCGAGGUCCAAGUUUGGGAGGGAGCCGCUACCGAGGUUG